GUCUAGUUUCUUGUGCUUGGACUUCCGUUUUCCACCUCACGCCAAAUCUUACUUUCAUUCCGGUGUCACGCGAAGACACUCCAACCCCAGUCUUCUGGCCGACUUGCUCUCCCUCUCCACACUUACUUCCUCCCUUGUCUUGGACGCCUUUACCUGAAGCAAGAUGGGGCGCGGUAGCAAAUCGAGUGCUGAUGGCGUCAAGAAGCGUUGUUUUUGUCGAGGACGCAAAAGACCCAAAACUGUAGAUCGGGCCCCAAGCAAGCUCUCGACGGGUGCGGACUCUUCUGCCCCUUCACUGGCAAAAAUUCAGCCACCUUCCGAGCCUGUUCAGGAGCAGUACACAGCUUCCAUGCCUGUUCUAGAGCAAGAGCCUGGUCAGGGACAAGACACAGCUUUAGUGGAGCAACUCAAGGCCCUCGUGAAGCAAAACGGGGAUGUCAUGAAGCAGAAUGAGGAUCUCAUGAAGCAGAAUGCGGAUCUCGCGGCUCUUUUGGAAGAGAGCAAAAGGAAAUUGGAUGUCAUGACAAAGAACGCCGAGAGAGCCAAGAAGAAUUACAUAUCCGAAAAGAAGGUGAACAAGAGAAAAUACGAGGAGAUGAAUGAGUUUGGGGGCGGCUUGAAGGUCCAACUCGACGCAACACGUCAGGCAGUCGCCGAUCUGAAUGCCGCCAUGCACUUUGUACUGGAAAGAGGACACGAGGGUAAAUUUUUCCACAAGCUUUGGUCACAGACUCGCGAGUGGAAGAUCUACUAA